CCCCAAGUUAGUGGCAUCCAGCUGUGAUUGAGUGCAAGGAAGAAGAUGCCUAGGCCCUCCAGGGAGUCUUACGGCGACCAGAAGCCGCCCUAUUCCUACAUCUCCCUCACAGCUAUGGCGAUAUGGAACUCCCCCGAAAAGAUGUUGCCGUUAAGUGAAAUCUACAAGUUUAUAACCGAUCGAUUUCCGUACUACAGGAAAAACACGCAGCGAUGGCAGAAUUCUUUGAGGCAUAACCUGUCGUUCAACGACUGUUUCAUCAAGAUCCCUAGGCAGCCUGAUAGACCCGGGAAAGGAGCAUAUUGGGCGUUACACCCCGCCGCGUUUGACAUGUUUGUGAACGGUAGCUUACUUCGCAGGAGGAAGCGCUUCAAACUCCUCAAAAGCGACAAGGAAAUGCUGGAGAACGAACUCGCUGCUCUGACGAACAUCAACAGGAUCUUCUUCUCGCCUCCAAAUCCUCCGAUGGACGUGAACCCAGCUGCUGUAGCACCGACUCAAACAUCUCCGACGUUACCUCCAAAGACUUCUCCGGAAACUACUUCCCCAGUGACUUGUAUCAGACCCAAGAGGUCGUUUACGAUAGAGAGCCUCAUCUCGCCGGACAAACCGACCCCAGUGCAACCAAGUGCGACACAUGCGACACACAUAGUGCCCCACGUGCACCCAUGGGUACUCUCGUCGAGCUGUUACGACCUGGCGGCGUUCUCCAAUCCCAUGGCGUUGAUGCAAACAACGUCGAACCCCUACGAUGGAUAUGGACUGUCUUCUCCGGAAGAGUUGUUUAGGGUGGCACAGUUAUAGCUUACCAGAAUGUGAGUUGUUUGUUCCUUGUCUCGUUGUGCACGCGGGUAUGCUACGGGGCUUCCACAAAGAGGUGCCAAGUGGAAAGAUGGGCCGUCAAAC